AUGGUCCGCUUGCCUGAGGACGAGAGGACCGCUAUGCUUGAGGCGUUGAGUACUCUUUCUGAGAAAUCCGCUAGAUUGCGACCAUUCUUCAGCGUGACCAAAGCGCUCCAGAAUAGGUGUAAGAAGACUGACCGGAGGAGAAGACCGGUGGAAAAAGUUACGGUUGGCGAGAGCUUGGCUAGCGCGGCGCGAUAUAUUGGGGAGCUCCUACCGCGACUAUGUUCGUCACCUUUUGCCGGCCUGGUUCCCAGUGUGGGAGCUGAGCGUGCCGUCGUAAUGUGCGACUCCUCCACAACAGCAUUGGGAGGGGUAAUCAUAUCUGAAGAUCUCCAGAGAAUGGAAUGGUAUCGUGUGAGUCUGAGCGAGAUCAAAGUGCAGUUUUUGAUCAAGCAGUAUAUACCAUCGUUCGACGUCGGCCACCGAGCCGAGUCUGGGCACAUGUGCUUUCUGGAGUUGAUGGCUGCUGUGAUCGCCUUGCUUUCUUGUCGGAAGGGCCGCGGUGUACUGAUUCUAUCCGAUAAUUGCGCGGCGGUGAGUGCUUUGAACAAGCUGCAUAGUAAAUCUCAGCAGCUAGAUCUGCUUAUGAAGCAGCUGACGUCGCUUAUGCCGGACCUCACUACACAGUGCAUGAAAGCAGUCCACAUAGAGGGCACCUCCAACCAGGUGGCUGAUCUCAUUUCAAGGAGAGAUGUUUCCACCUUGCGGGAACUCCUGAGCCAUGGGGAGGACAUGAGGGAAGUUAACGUAGACGCUGCGAUCGAUGCACUAAGUUUGCAAUCGGAGAUGGAAUAG